GCAUUGGAUCGUCUGGCUCGACAGGGGGCAUCGGGUCACCAGGCAUCAGGCAUUGGAUCGUCUGGCUCGACAGCGGGCAUCGGGAUCAUUAGGCUGAAUCAGUUCAUCAGGCUGGGUACAGACAUCAGGCUGGGUAGAGACAUCAGGCUGAAUUACGGGUGCCGAGGCACAAGGCUGAAUCACGGAAGGUGGGUUCUCAGACGGCAGGCUGACCGGUUUGGAUACUGGCAGGAUGGUACUGGUUGGAAAGAAUUUUCGCUUUUUUCUGGUUUUAGUUACUGGAGCACUGUAAGUAAACGCAGGUCUGUAAACGAAUGGAGCAGCUAAACACAGAGAAAAGCUGGAGGAUGGAACAGAGGAGGGAGCAGUUGCUACAGAGGACUUCUUUACAGGGUUAAAGAAAGGAUAGGUGCAGCGAGUGGGAGCAGGGGACUGGUAUGUGGUAGUUAGCAGAGUAUACUGGGC